AUGGCUGGAACUUCGCCCGAUUUGGGGGACUUUCCAAUUGAUGAUGGUAUCCUUGCCAAAUUCCCGCCUGGAACUACAGUCGUCUCUGCCAAUCGAUACGGAUUAUCGCAAUGGACCAGCACAGCCCGACUUCAUGUGAAAUUCCUAGAUGGUGAGACGAAUCGGUAUUUCCUAAAGACUGCUAAAGGAGAGGUUGGCAGACGACUCAUGGAAGGCGAAUUCCAUGCUAUCUCUGCUCUACACAAUACUGAUAACCUGUUCUCGCCCAAACCGCCUUCGUGGGGUAAGCGGAGUGGACCAGGCCCGGAAACGUACUUCUUCAUUCUGCAGUACAUUGACAUGAGCGAUCGUUUUCCAGAUCCAAACCAGCUGUGCAGAAGAUUGGCUCAACUGCAUCGAAACAGCGUUUCACCAACAGGGAAAUUUGGGUUUCACAUCAAUACGUGCCAGGGCAAGACUCAGCAAGCCGUAGGAUGGGAGGACACUUGGACCGCACACUUUACGAAGAUGCUAAAGCACGUGGCCAAGCUCGACCACGAGACAAACGGGCAUUGGGAGGCACUAGAGAAGAUAGAGGAAAGGAUCUUCUCUCAUGUCAUACCUAGGCUGGUCGGCGUUCUUGAGUGUGAAGGUCGAAGCAUUAAGCCGUGCUUGAUUCAUGGUGGUUUGUGGGAAGGUAACACUGGAACCACAUUUGAUACGGGAAACAUCUACACGUUCGAUGCCGCAUCAUUCUACGCACACAACGAAAUGGAGAUUGGAGACUGGAGACCCUUCUACAACAACAUUCACAACAAAGUCUACACUCAAACCUAUCUAAAGAACUACGCACCGAGUGAGCCCAAGGAGGAGUGGGAUGACAGUAAUCGAUUGUACGCCACCUACUACAACAUACUUUAUUCUGUCAAUCACAGCAGCCAGGGAACAGCAAUUCAUCAGAUGGCAUUUGAUGAUUUCUACUAUCUUAUCGGCAAGUUCGCACCUUUUGCGAAAGGGGAAGCGCCUCCCAGACUCGAGCAGGAUCAGCGUGUGGCUUUUCCACCCGAGGCCGAUCACACUGCAACUCAAUUUGGCUCAGCAGAAUCUGCUGCAUACGCGGAAAAGAUGAGGAAUAGUGCCGGAAACUAG